AUAUGGUCCCCUACUGGAUCCUCGCAUCGUUCUGAGCGCCAGUUUCCGAGACAUCGCGGGUAUCGUGGCUGUGAUUUCUUCGUUUUUUUUUCUGCAUUUCCGAUUCUCGAUGUACAGCUUCGAAGGAGAUUUUCGUCGGCAUCCUGUUCAGAGUUACAGGGGUGCGAGUAAGAAGGAAAGCCGGGAUGAUAUCGUGCGAAAGGCGCAAGAGGAGAGGCGGAAGCGAGAGUUGGAGAGAAAAAAGGAAGAAUGUGCACUUCGAAUUGAAGCUUUUGUCAGGGGUUGCCUAGCAAGAAAGAGAAUCUACAGGGAUUUGAGGAGCCGAUUUGAUGAACUGCAGAAGGAAGUGGCUGCAGAAAGUGGUAGGGGCUUGACUCAGAAGGAAGAGGUCUUCCUUACCCUUGUCCAGUGGUUGGUGUACUUUUUUCGCCAGCAGACUGAUCAAAAGAGAUUGGAUUGGCUGGCAAGCUUCCUGAUGAAGAAUCAAAAGCAGAUUUCUUCUUGGAGACAAGAAAACCCUGCUGUGUGGAGGAGGAAGUUACAAUGGAUACUGCAUCUGAGCUUGAGGCAUUUGUCGCAAACUGGAAAUCAUUUCCUCCCACUUCGCCUUUUGGAGAUCUUCACCCAAAAUGAAUCAAAUGCCAAGGAACUCUUCUUCUUCCUCAUCAAGAGAGGCUAUUACACUGAUUUGCGCCGACUGUUGGACCAGAGAGUCCCUCCUGUCAUUGAUGCUUCUCCAAAUCCGCCAACACCUUUGGCUGAUUGCAUCUAUGACCUCAUGGUUCGACCGCUUGCGCUCAUCAAAGAUUCUGCCAUCGAUUCUCCAUUCACUCUCUCCUGUCUUGGAGCUCUGAAUGGGCAGGUGCUGUCAACUCCAUACUCAGAACAAGUGGAACUAUUCCUACUCCCAGCUCUGAGACAAAGAACUCCCAACUUUCCAUUCAAAGAGUUGCUGGCUUUCCUGUCCCGUCCUGAGGCCUCCCUGGAAGUCCCAUGGACGCUUUAUUCCAUUCUAUACCUUGGAAUGCGUCAUUUACAUUGGACUGAUGACCCAUCAAGUAUGGCCUACUUACAAGUCCUCAGUCGUCUCAUGCGGGAGUUUCCAUGCAGGAGCUUCUUGCAAAUGCAUUAUGGAUCAGAUGAACCUAGCUCAGAUGGAGAAGAUGAGGAAUCUACCAUGGAAGUGGACUUUUCAACCGAUCAACACAGUUCUCUCGAGGCUCAAUGCCUGGAAAUGCUGAACAACCCAGAACAAGUGAAGGAAAUAGUUUUGACUGUUGUUCGUCUGCCCAACCCUGUCACAUUUCAUGUGGCCAGCAUUGCUUAUGGUCUCCUGUGUUAUCAUUCCAAUGCCAUGCAUGAGUACAGGCUCUUGCAGACUCUGGCUCUGCAGCCUCUGUUUCUCCAGAAAUUAUGGAGACACCUUCACGAUGGAAAGUCUUCAGCAAGCUCAAGCCCAAAUUUCUACUCCCAACUCAAGCAAUUGUCUUCUGGAAUCAAUCUGAAUGCAGAAGACAGUGAUGGCCUUAUUCCCCUCUUGGCUAGCUUCCCAGCUUCUCUAUCCAUUCUCUUCCUUCUCCUCAAUGAUGAGGAGCUCUUUGGCAGUCCAGUGAAAGUGAAGUUCUCUAAAUUGACCAUAGUGACGAGAUCUCUGAUUGCUUUUGAUGAGGAUAGAUUUGGCAUGUUUUUUGGAUUUUGA